AUGGAACUAAAGAACAAUGUAACUUACUUUGUCCUCCUGGGACUCACAAAGAAUCCAAAGGAACAGAUGAUCCUUUUCACUCUAUUCUUACUUUUCUAUAUUUUGACUAUGGUGGGAAACUUGCUCAUUGUUGUAACUGUGGUUUUCAGUAAGACCUUGGACUCACCUAUGUACUUCUUUCUUGGAAGCUUAUCAUUUAUGGAUGUCAUCUAUUCAUCAUCCAUCUCCCCCAGAUUGAUUUCAGACUUGUUCUUUGGGAAAACUACCAUAUCUUUCCAGUCUUGUAUGAUUCAACUGUUUAUGGAACACUUCUUUGGUGGAUCAGAAAUCUUUCUUCUAUUGGCAAUGGCAUAUGACCGCUAUGUGGCCAUCUGUAAACCCUUACAUUAUUUGGUUAUUAUGCGACGAUCAGUGUGUGUUGUGUUGUUGAUAGUGUCCUGGGUUGGAGGUUUCCUACAUUCAGUCAUUCAGCUUAUCACUCUUUAUGGUCUCCCAUUUUGUGGUCCCAAUGUCAUUGAUCACUUUCUGUGUGACAUGUACCCCCUAUUGAAACUUGUCUGUGCAGACACUAAUGUGAUUGGCUUCUUAGUGGUAGCCAAUGGAGGAAUAAUCUGUAUUACUGUGUUCCUGCUCUUACUCAUUUCUUAUGGUGUUAUCUUACACUCCCUGAAGAAUGUUAGUCAGGAGGGAAGGCGAAAAGCCCUCUCCACUUGUGGUUCCCACAUCACUGUGGUGGUCUUCUUCUUUAUCCCCUGUAUUUUCAUGUAUGCAAGACCUGCUAAGACUUUCCCCAUUGACAAAUCACUGAGUGUGUUUUAUACAGUUGUAACUCCAAUGUUGAACCCCUUAAUCUACACACUGAGAAAUUCAGAGAUGACAAAUGCUAUGAAGCAGCUCUGGCGUAUACUAUUACUCCAACUGAGAAUCAAUCACAACAUAAAAUGA